AUGAUACCGCUACGACCAUUACUAUCACUACUGUCCCUCGCCAGCACGGCGCUGGCAAUCGGCCAGAAUGCAACUAUCGCCUUCAACGCCUCGGCUGGCUCGUAUGAGUUGGCUUCGGGUGGCUCUUCGGUUCAGAUCAUGGCAGACACCAGGGAUUGGCCUGCUGUGUUGAAGGCCGCGAACGAUUUAUCACAAGACUUUGGCAGAGUUACUGGUUCCAAUGGAUCCGUCAUCCUUUCAAACACAUCCGAUACCUCUGGCGUAGCUGCCUACAAUGCCGGCUCCUACUUCAGUGGCAACCCCAAUAACGCCUCGAUGAUCUUCAACAUCACCGGUUUGACCACAUUCAGCACCACCGGUUCUGGAGCAAAAGGAGGAGUCAUUAUUGCAGGAACGAUUGGAAACUCUUCCCUGAUCGAUGCAUUGAUCAAGAGCGGAAAGAUUGAUGUCUCUGCCAUCAACGGAACUUGGGAAGCAUUCACCUCCACCGUAGUCUCAAACCCUAUGGAUGGCGUAAACGAAGCCUUGGUUAUUGCUGGCAGCGACAGAAGAGGAACAGUAUACGGUCUCUACGACGUAUCCGAGCAGAUCGGUGUCUCACCAUGGUACUUCUGGGCCGACUCUCCCCCUCAAAAGCACGAUUGCAUCUACGCCAUGAACACAACCAAAGUCCAGCCUUCUCCGUCUGUCAAGUACAGAGGUUUCUUCCUCAACGACGAAGCACCCGCUUUGACUGGCUAUGUCAACGAGAAGUUCGGUUUCAACCAGUACGGCUCAAACUACGGAGCUGACUUCUAUCACACUGUAUUUGAGCUUCUGCUUCGUCUGAGAGCAAACUACUUAUGGCCUGCUCAGUGGAAUUCCAUGUUCAACGUCGACGAUCCAAGAAGUCAGAACAUGGCAGAUGCUUACGGUAUUGUUAUGGGUACCUCACAUACUGAGCCCAUGAUGAGAUCUACCAAAGAGUGGAAUGAGUUCGGAAAUGGAACAUGGAGCUGGGCAACUAACAAUGCUUCUAUCUACCCCUUCUUCGAGGAAGGUGCUGAGAGACUUCGUCCUUACGAGGGUGUCAUCACCAUGGGCAUGCGCGGCUCAGGUGACACUGCUCUUUCGGCCGGUAUUGAGACCCAACUUCUGGAGAACGUUGUCUCUUCCCAGCGCGAUAUUCUUGCUCAGGUCUUUGGCAAUGCUAGUGUCAUGGAUCCUAAUGCUGUGCCACAGCUGUGGUGUCUGUACAAGGAAGUCCAGGGCUAUUACGAGGCCGGCAUGACCGUUCCCGAGGACAUUACACUGCUAUGGACCGACGAUAACUGGGGAAAUAUUCGCAGGCUUCCUGUCGGUAACGAGACCUCAAGGAGUGGUGGUGCUGGUGUGUACUACCACUUCGAUUACGUUGGUGACCCGAGAGACUACAAAUGGAUCAACACAGUCCUCAACCAGAAGACCUGGGAGCAGCUGCAUCUCGCCUACGAGAGACAAGCUAGACAGAUCUGGGUCGUCAACGUUGGAGACUUGAAGCCUCUCGAACUACCAAUUUCUCACUUCUUCGACCUGGCAUACGACAUCAACCGUUGGGACAAAGACAGCACCACCGAGUGGCUCGAGCUAUGGGCUUCUCGUGAGUUUGGUCCCGAGGUCGCUGCGAAGACAGGAGCUCUUAUGAACACCUACUCCCACCUUGCUGGACGCAGGAAGUUUGAAGAGGUCGACCCGAACACUUACAGUCUGAUCAACUACGAUGAGGCUAACAAAGUCCUGGCUGAGUGGACUGCAAUCCAGGAGACAGCUCAAAGCAUUCUUGAUGGACUGCCAACUGCCACACAACCCGCCUUCUUCGAGAUGGUCUACCACCCCGUCACAGCUGCUCGUACUUACUACGAUAUCAUGAUCUCGGCUGCCAGAAACAACGUCUACGCUCAACAAGGACGUACCUCCACGAAUGCCCUUGCACAACACGUACAGAACCAAUUCUCGUAUGAUCACCAGCUCUCCAAAUCUUACAAUGGCUUGCUCGGCGGAAAGUGGAACCACAUGAUGGACCAAACUCAUAUCGGUUACACUUACUGGCAACAACCCAUGAGACAAGCUCUGCCUCCUCUGCAAUACGUUCAGAUGGCCGAGCGAGCUUUGAUCGGUGAUCUAGGCAUUGCAGUUGAGGGCUCCAAUGCCACAGUCCCUGGUGAUGACAGAUUCCACUCGCUGUCAUCCAUGACUCUGUAUCUCCCAACUCUCGACCCUUACGGUCCUGCUCGCUGGAUCGAUAUCUUCCACACUGGUACCCAGCAGAUCACCUGGAAUGUUCAGUCCAGCGUGCCCUACCUCAACUUCACCCAGAAGACGGGCACUCUGUCUCCCAACGGCACCACAGACACUCGCAUCUGGGUCUCCGUCGACUGGUCCAAGGUCACUCCUGGCGCAAUCAACACGACUACCAUCAACAUCACCAGCUCCGCUGAUUACGGCACUCAAUACAGCGUUCCCAAGGUCGUGAUCUCCUACAACAACACCGCUGUCCCAUCGAACUUCACCAACGGCCACGUCGAGUCCGACCGCACUGUGUCCAUCGAAGCAGAACACUACUCGUCCAUCUCAGGCGGCAAUUCCUCAGUCUCCUACCAAGUCAUCCCCGGUCUAUCGCGCACACUGUCCGGAGUAACCCUCUUCCCCGUCACCGCAGACUCGAUGACCCCAUCGACAGCCCCAGCCCUCGAAUACAACUUCUACACCUUCACAAACCUCAGCUCCGGCAUCCUCAUGGAUCAAAACAUGGGCACCAGCUCUGCAUACACACCCAACACCGUCAACAUAACACUAUACCUGGGCACCUCACUCAACACCGAUCCCAACCGUCCCUUGCGCUACGCAGUACAACUGGAUGACCAACAACCGCAGAUCCGCAAAUACAUUAUCGAUCAACCCGGUGGUGCUAACCCUACUAAUUGGUUGACUGCUGUGGCGGACGUGAUUUGGUAUAAUACUACCACUUGGCAGUACUCGGGUCCUGGCGCGCACAAGUUGAAGAUUUGGGAGUUGGAGCCCGGUGUGGUGUUGCAGAAGGCGGUGAUCGAUCUUGGUGGUGUGAGGAAGAGUUAUCUGGGUCCGCCUGAGAGUUAUAGGGUUUGA